UACUAAAUUACAUAAUCUUAACAUCCCAACACCAAGUGACUGUCUCGAAAACAUUUCUAAUUCCGACUCAUACAAAAAACCGGAAUUGCCUCUUUUUUUUUCGCCUUCGAUAAAAGGAAAAUUUUCAAUUCAACUUUUUCACUUGAACUCUUUUGAAAAGAUCAUAACCGUAUUUUGGUAAGAAAGAAGCACUUCAUUGCAGACGAGCCAAGAUGCAAAUUUUCGUUAAAACUUUAACAGGUAAAACCAUUACCUUAGAAGUUGAAUCUUCAGACACUAUUGACAAUGUCAAAUCAAAAAUCCAAGACAAAGAAGGUAUUCCACCAGAUCAACAACGUUUAAUCUUUGCUGGUAAACAAUUAGAAGAUGGUAGAACUUUAUCAGACUACAACAUCCAAAAGGAAUCAACUUUACAUUUGGUCUUGAGAUUAAGAGGUGGUGGUAAAAAGAGAAAGAAGAAGGUCUACACCACUCCAAAAAAAAUUAAACACAAACAUAAAAAAGUUAAGUUAGCUGUUUUAACUUACUACAAAGUUGACAAAGAUGGUAACGUUGAACGUUUAAGAAGAGAAUGUCCAGCUACUACUUGUGGUGCCGGUGUCUUCAUGGCUAACCAUGGUGACCGUCAAUACUGUGGUAAAUGUCACUUGACUUUCAAAGCUAAAAACUAAGUUGAAUAAAUAUUUAAAAUAGGGAUUAUAUGAAGGAUUAACUUCUUGUUUUGUAUAGGAUCUUUUUAAAUGGAAAGUGUUUAAUGUUUUGAAAUAAGGAUGUAGAGUAACAAUCAGUUUGAAGCAUAAUUAUCAGAAUUGUAAGUUUGGAAUCAAUACUAGUUGAUGGGUCACUACUUGUACUCGUCAGUUAUCAUGUCUACGUUGAAUUUUCAAUAAUUAACCUAAUGAAAAGGGUAUUAAUUUAUAUACAUGUUCUGUCUUUUCAUAAACUUGACAUAAAUCAACUUUUUUGAACCUUAAUGACGAUAAAUUUAAACUGUUUUUUUUAUUUGAAAGAAGUGCCAUCGAUUUUGAUGACAACUAUAUGCAAAUUAAACCUCCCUUAUUGUAUGCAAAUGGAAAAAAAUAAUAAUAAUACUGUAAUGAAAUGUCUUGAUGAAC